CGAGCCGCACUGGGCAUGCUCGGCACCGGCCAGCUCUGGCUGCUGUAGGUGGGAAGCGCCGCACUCCCCGCCGCCCGCAGCGCAGCCGGCUUCGCUGCUGGGCACCCGCGGAGGCGGCGGGCCCGCAGUUGGUGCUGUCGGGCGUCGGGUGCAGAGCGCGGCGAAGCGGCAGUUCUCAGACUGGCCAUGGCAAGGGGCGCACGGUGGCCACCUGAGUGGCGCGGAGGCGUCAGGUUCUUAAUCAAGAACCAGCUCUAUGGAUCCAGGACAGGUUUGUCCCAUGGCCGGCUCUGAACAGCGCAUUGUCCAAUAGAAGACCCCACUGGCAAACCAUCUCUGUUGCCUUACAGAGCAAGCAAAGGAGAUGGAUCGAUUGAAGAGCCAUCUGCCUGUGUGCUUUUUACCUUCUGUGCCCUUUUUAAUUCUAGUAUCCACUCUGGCGACUGCUAAGAGUGUGACUAACAGCACUUUAAAUGGCACUGACGUGGUCUUGGGCUCUGUGCCCGUAAUCGUUGCCAGGACUGACCAUAUCAUAGUCAAGGAAGGGAACAGUGCCUUGAUUAAUUGUAGUGUUUAUGGCAUCCCCAAUCCACAGUUCAAGUGGUAUAAUUCCAUUGGCAAGCUACUGAAAGAAGACGAGGAUGAGGCAAGAGGAAAAUGGCAGAUGCACGAGAGUGGCCUCCUCAACAUCACUAAGGUGUCCUUUUCAGACCGAGGUAAAUAUACGUGUGUGGCUUCUAAUGUCUAUGGCACCGUGAAUAACACGGUGACCCUGCGCGUCAUCUUCACCUCUGGAGACAUGGGCGUCUACUACAUGGUGGUCUGCCUCGUGGCCUUCACUGUGGUCAUGGUUCUCAACAUUACCCGCCUGUGCAUGAUGAGCAGCCACCUGAAGAAGACGGAGAAAGCCAUCAAUGAGUUCUUUCGGACAGAAGGUGCAGAGAAGCUGCAGAAGGCCUUCGAGAUCGCCAAACGGAUCCCCAUCAUCACCUCGGCCAAAACUCUGGAGCUUGCCAAAGUCACCCAGUUCAAAACCAUGGAGUUCGCCCGCUACAUCGAGGAGCUGGCCAGGAGCGUGCCUCUGCCUCCUCUCAUUAUGAACUGCAGGACGAUCAUGGAGGAGAUCAUGGAAGUGGUCAGGCUGGAGGAGCAGGGGCAGAAUUUUGUCCGGCAUACUCCCGAGGGCCAGGAGACCACCGACAGGGACCGUGAGGUCUACACCAUCCCCAGUUCUCUGAAGCGAAGCGACUCCCCCACUGCUGACUCAGACGCCUCCUCACUGCAUGAACAGCCUCAGCAGAUUGCCAUCAAGGUGUCCGUUCAUCCACAGGCCAAGAAAGACCACGUGGAUGACCAAGACGGGGUACAGUUUGAAGUCAAAGAUGAAGAGGAGACAGAGCCGUCGGCUGAACAUUCCCCAGAAACUGCAGAGCCUUCUACGGAUGUCACGUCCACGGAGCUCACGUCUGAAGAGCCCACGCCCUUUGAGGAAUCAGAUCGAGCCCUGCCGCCGGCUCACAUGGAAAGUACAGAGCUGGCAGCGGUACAGGACAGGAACACCUGCAUUAUUUAUGAAAGCCAUGUCUAAUAUCAACUCCGAAAAGCUAUGCAUAUCAAGAAAAUCAGGGGCUGCUCCUGUAGUCCAGAUGUAGUUACGCACUUGCCGCUAAGCCUUACCAGGAGACUCUCAUCCCUUAGGUAGGAGUGAUGCCAUUUUAGAAGGGGAAACACCUGCGUGCAGUUCAUGUGACUGGAAUUUCCCCAGGAGAAAUGGACAUGGGGAACAUCAGGGUGCAGGAUUGAUACUAUUGGGCAGAAGGUGUCUGUCCAUGUGAUGCGAAUUUUAGAGCCUAUUCUCUGCCAAAUAACCUUAACUGGUGAUGCCCUUUUGGCAAAGAGUACACUACUGUAACGUAAAUUCUGAGUUCGAGCUCUGUCCAAUGCAUACUGCAUUGCUUUUCCUUUAAAAAAUUAUAGGUCUGCUACAAUAGCAAAUGCACGUACAUGGGUUUGUUGCACUUUCUUCUCAGUUUGUAUUCCUUUCCCUGUUCCUUUAUGAUGGAGUAGUUGUUGUUAUAUUAAUACUGAUUGCUCUUUCUAGUUUUGUCCUCUUUGCCACUUUGUCCUUAUUUUCCCCUAGAGCAUUUACCUCGGAGGCUUUGGUAUCUGUCCCAGGUACCAGGGCUGAUAAUCUACAAGUCAUUUGUAGUGUUCCAAAGUAGUUACUAGGCUCCUUAUUUUUGUCGUUUCCCAGGACCAUUUUCAUACAUUGAUUUUUUUGUUUCCAAUGAAGCUGCUGUUGUGAAACUGAGAAAAACUUUGCCCAGGAAUAGCACUUUAAUAGCCAAAUAAAAAUAUGUUUACCUGUCUAACUCUGAGCGCCUUUUGGUAAGCUCAACUGACGUAUCGGGAGACAUUGUCAAAGGUUAAAUAUACCCAUCUUACCCAUGAAAACUGCUGUUUUUAUGUUUAAGUAACAUCAUCCUCCAAGCAAAGACUGACUAUCUGGAAAAUUUACUGCUUUCAAAGACAGAGGCAUUUGAUAAAUCCCUGUAGGCUGUAGAAUAUUGGCUUUCUUAGAAGGGCUUGCAGGGACCAUGUGCCAUCAGGUGACUCAAACCCUUGAUUUGGGACAGCAAAUAUAAGGAUCUGUAAAGUCAUGUAACUAGUUCCACUUAAAAACUGCAAUGGCUAACUUGUUGGUCCUUGAAGGGGGAGUGAAAGCCUAGGAUGAUAAUAUAGGGACCUGUACCAUCAAAUUUCAUUCCAAAAUUAACUGAAUUAUUUUUCAGUUUCACACACAAAAAAAGCAGUUAUAUGCAAGGCAGAAUGAUGUUAUGGGCAAAAGACAAAACUAGCCAUCCAAAGGCCAACACCUUACCUGACUAUGCCAGUACCAGCUGCCUGGCUUAUCUGUCAGAGGGGGAGGACUAGAUGAGCUCUGAGAGCCAUUAUCCUCCUUGCUCUUUUUCACAAUUACUUUAAAGAUUUACACUUCUAUCUCUGGAUUCACCUAACAUUUUUUAUGCUGCAUUGCUUACUCAAAUAAAGAGGAUCUGUUUAGAAAAAUCAUAGCAUCUUAGCAAGUUGUGGAUCUUCUCCCUCAUAAAAAAAAUUAUUUGGACCACUUCCACAGUUUAGAUUUAAUCGUAGUGAGAAUAAGUAGUUUUAUUUCAUUUGCACUUAGCAGCAAGGGAGACACUAACUUUAAAUACUUAUAAGGGCAUGGCCACAUAAGGUGUUGGGGUCACGCCACUGGAGGUUAUGUGGGCCACACUGGUAAUGAGAGAGCAGACCCAGAUGAUCAGUCUCACUCUGUCACUCUCUGGAUAGUUGACCUUUGACAACUCCCCCAUUCAGGGGUUUAAUCUUUAUUCCUCUGCAAAAUACGGGGGUUGUACCUGAGGGGUCACAAGACCCCUUCUAGCCCAGACAUUUAUAGUUUUACAGAAAGUUUGUAAUCUCCCAUGAUGGCCCCCACUGCAAGAGACAAGCAACAUUGGGAGCAAAAAUGGGUACAUGAGAUUGGAUGCUUUUGCUGUCUAAACUUUACAGCAAAUGUAUCUGGCUCUAUAGCUGAGGGUAGUGGGUUUGGCUUUAGAAAUGGCCUUGAUGGGCUUCUUUAAUCAUAGAUAACUUGUGUGGAAGGCAAUCUGAAAGACAAAGUUUGAUUAGACAUCUCUUGAUCGGGAAUGAACUGUUGUCAUCUAUCUAGAAGUGACUUGGGUGGUCAUCACAUAAAGGAAUUAGUAAUGAGCAAUCAAGAGAAACUAUGACUUCUGUUUGAGCUCUCUGGGCUGGGAUUUUAUAUAUUGGGGUUUCAGAAAAAUUUUAUCUCCGACUCUUAGAAUAUAAAUAUUUUCCACUUGUUAUGGAGGUCAACAAAUUCUUACCAUGGGUCUACAUGCCCAAAGCAACAACAGAGACUUAAGCUCAUUUUGUGAUAUUGUGUGAAAUUUUUGCCAUUCUAUUGUUUUAUUCUACUCAAACCCAUGUGCAGAUUUCCACAUGAAAAUGAUAGAAGACACCUAUUCCAUCUAGACGUCGAUUAGGGGUAAAAAGUUUAAAAUGGGCAGGUUUUUUAUGAAGCAAGAGCAGAAAUGUGUGACCAAAGAAUAGUGCCAUUUUGGUUUUAGCUUCUUUAGACUGGAGAGAUUAUAUAGAUUUUUCAAAACUUUCCCCCUCUUUGAAACAUCAAAAAGCUCUUGAUAGAAUAAUAGCCAAGCUAAAAGGAGAUUUGCUUACAGUGGAGAUUUCUUCUUCCAGAAAUCCUACACUCUUCCUAUCCAUCCUAACAGCUUCUUUACAAAGUGAGAAAGGCCCUCCUGCUAGAACCUGAAAUGUAGAAGACCUUGUGACUUUCAAUUGAUUUUCAAAGAUAAAUUAAACUGUUCAGCUUCACAGAAAUUCAUAGAAGUAUGGCUGUCUGUGUGUAUAUGUGUGCAAACAUGCAUGUCAGACUCAUUUGGACAGUUUUUAAAGCUAAAGACUAAAUCCCACACCAUGUCCUUUGGGUCUUAUGUAGUUAUUCUCAAAAUCAAACAAUUUCUACUUCUGUGUCAUCUGGUCAUAUCUCUAGCAAUUUUUUUCUUGAAAUUCUGAAAAUGAUUCAGAUAUGUGUGCAUAUUUAAUUCACUUAUGUGAUCUGUAAACUUGGAUGGUAUUUAUUCAAAAUGACAAAAAAAAAUUUAUACUGAAAAUCUAUGUAAUUUAUAAUGGUUUUGUUUAAUAUAUUAUAUUUUCAUAUCUUUAGGGCACAUCUAUUCUCAUCUCUUUGUAUAUCAUACUUGGCAAAAAGAAAUACUAAUACUUGACUAAAAUCUCUAGGAACCAAAUGUGAUACAUAGCAUAUAGAAAUCAUUCUAAAAAUAUCUGAUUGUUCUCACCUGUCCCAAGCAUGAUUGUGCCAUGUCAUUACAUCCAGAAUGAUUUGUCUCAGAUGAUUUCCUGUUUUCAAAACUAAGGCUAAGAGGCCUGACAACUCUCACAAUGGAUUUUGGACUCCCCUUCCCUUCUUUUUCUUUUUUUACUGUUCGCUUCCUUUUUAAUUGUCUAUGUUGUUUAAGCUUCCCUUGAAAGGGCAAGUGUGAGAUAAGAAAGCGACUUGAUGGAAAGACUGAAUUGAACUAUGGCUAUGUAAAUUAUUUAAUGGACUGAUAAUAUGAUUUAAAUCUAAUGCUUGGAUUGUUAUUUAUUGGUGAUCUAGGAUCUGCUCACUUCUCUAGCACACGAAGAAAAUGUGAGGCACAAAGAAUAUUUGCAUGUUUUGUACAGGCACACUCUCAGCGUAGUGCAGCCAACAUGAAUCAGCUUAACUGUAAAAACACCAAUCCCAACCACUGGAAGAAGUGUUUUAGAAAUACACAUCAGACACCUCUUAUACGCAGAUUGAAAUACAGUGUUGUAUCAGUGCUGAAACUCUUCGAUGGCAGCCUCUAUGAUUCUGUAAUGGGGGUUUCCUCUCAGUGUUUGAUUUGGUAAGGAAAUGGAGCAUUUAACUUAUCUUCCAGAUACUCAUUUAAUACUCAGCACAGUUCAACUACUACCCUGUACCUAUCUUCACAUAUCCUUUUGACAGUCCCUUAAGAUUAUUAUCCCUGUUUAUAUUCUUGCUUUUUAAACUAAUUUGUUGGUACUCUUUAAAUAUCUACUAAAUCUCAUUGUAUAUUCUCACACAUAUUUUGAGCACCUGAUAUCUUCAAGAUAUGAGUCAUUUUUACAUUCAUCUAUUCAUUUAAAACUCAGUAGAUAAAGUUGAUUUUCCUAAUGACUUUUUUAGGGUUUCUACAGUGAUUAAUGAGGUUUGGAUUAAAUAAAUCAUUGGUGGAGGGGGUUAGUCGGAUAAAACAGAGUUGCUUAUCAUGUUUUUCAAAGGACUGAGUGUUUGUCUGUUAUACAAGAAAAUGUCAUAUGAGGGUGAUAAUGAUCUUUGAGAUUCCUUAGAGAUGUCAUUUUUAAGGAGGCUGAUACCUAGACUACCACAAUCAAGACUGAAGCUCUUAGAGAAUGUAAAAAUAGAAAGCAAAUAGUUCUAAGAAUAUUUUGGCAAAAAUUAUUUUCAUUUAACCAGUAACAAAAGUCUUGAAAUGUAUCUUUCAGACACUAUAGAGCUGUCUACCGUGAGUUUGGAUCAAAGAAGAUGCUUAUAUUUAUGGUUGGUUUGCUGUAUAUCGAGUUCUGGAUGGCCUUUGUUAAAAUUGGAAAAUAAGAUAAAAAAAAUUUAUCAGGGCGGAAAUGUCAAACUGGUGAUUUUUGUGAACUAUAAGUGUUCACUUUUUAAAAAUAAUUUAAAGGUGGAAACAAAUGACUAAUAUUUAAGUUGAUGUUAUAGUAGAAAAAAAUCAUGUGAUCCAUCCUGUAUUUUGAUUGUUGCUUUAAUAAAGGGGUUGCACAGGUGUGCAGACUGUGUGUCGUA